CAAUCCGCAACUUCAUGAGAAAAUGGGUUACAGUACUAAUCUCCUCAAGCUUACAACCAUUCUCUCCCUUGUCCUAUCUUUGCAAUAUCAAACAGCCUUCUCAAAUGACAUUGAAGACGACGAAGAAUACGUAGUAGACUCCCCAUUGUCCAAUCUCAGAUCGAGAAGCCGGUUCUUAGCAAGUGUAAUAAAGAAAGGUACAGAUUGUAAUCCCAUUACUAACAAUGUAUGUAAUGGGGUAUCGGCAAACAAAGGGAAGAGCCUUCUCUAUUGCUGCAAGAAACAUUGCUGUAAUGUUCUUUCAGAUAAGAACAACUGUGGAGGAUGUGGGAAAAAGUGCCAAGAAGGACAGCAUUGCUGCAAUGGAAGAUGUACAAACACUUUUUACAAUGUGAAUCACUGUGGAAAGUGUAACAAGAAGUGUAAGAAUGGUGUUAAAUGUGAGUAUGGAUAUUGUGGGUAUGCCUGAAUGUUUUUUUAAGGUAAAUUAUUGUAAGAUUUGGUGUUAUGUAUCUAACACUUUUUACGAACAAUUUUUACGAAUACAAGUUCAUAUAUGUCAGCUGAAUGCGCUGACAUUUCUCGAGUA